UUGAUUAGAUAAAUAGAUUUAGAUCCACCAUCUUUGAUAGGUUGAUUUGGGAGAUUUCGUGCGAGAUUUAAUUUGUUGUAUCACGGGGGCGGGUAUCGUUGUGUAUGUGGGAAGUUAUGGACUUCAGUCGGACCGAUCGCGAGGGGGCCUCUUUUAACCCAUUGCCUCAAAAAGUUCCUAUGCGCUAUUCCUUCAGCAUAGAGCAGAAGCGGAUCUUGAUGAAACAUUAUGAGAAAGGCAUGCAUGGACAGAGCUUGGCCUAUCAGGACAAGAUAGUUGCAUGCGCUCAAGAGGCAGGGGUGGACUUUGACAUUGUCAGGAACUGGAUUGGGAACAUGCGUCGUAAACGCCGGAUGGAAAGUGCUCAGAGGAAUCCCAUGCCAGGCAUUGUGCUACAGCAUGACCAGUCAGUCGAGAAUAAACGCCGUUACCUUUCGACAACCAGUGCCUUUGGAGGACCACAGAAUCUCAUCUGCCACCCACCGGAUGGGGGACAGCAGCCCAACCAGAUGGGUGCCGCACCCAGAGUUAUCGGCCCUGGUUUGCACAAUGCUCUCCCUCCUGGUACUGUGAGGAAUGCCCCCUUGGCCCCCCGAGAUCCGAAUGUCAACCAGCCAAGCUUGGGGCCAGUUGGCAUUGGGCAGCCUGGGACCAGCACCGCCCAGGCUAUGUUUCUGACAACCCCUGCAAAACAGGAAUUGGACGCUGAUAAAAGCAGUUGUCUGGUUGCCAGCACAGCACUACAGUCCACAUCCCACCCACAACAGUUACACGUCGCAGGCCUGAACACGACAGGCGUCGACAGAUUUCCGGACGAGACAAUUCCACUAGUGAUCAAUCAAGGGUCCACAGUAAAUCAAGAGGUUGAAGAAGGCGAGUGGAGACAACAGCAGAUUCAGAAAAUAAUGCAACAAAUUCAGCAAUCUGUCCAUCAACUGGAAAGUCUCGGCUGUGAGUGUGUUGUAGCCAGUGUAAUUCCCUCUGACGGUGGCACCUACAUCACCGGUACCCCAGUGGCAGUCCAGUACUUCUCCGAGAUCCAGAAGAUUCAGGCCAUGGCAGACUAUGUGAACCCCACAACCCCAACGUCAGUUACCAGUGACAACGUGCCCAACGAUGCUGCAGAGGAGGUCAAUGAUGCCUCUAAUGGCCAGCGAAAGCAGCCGGGGCAGGCUACCAAUACAAAGGAGGAGGCGGGAGACAGGGAGUGUCUGGAAGCAAGAGGGGGUGAUCACACAGAAGAAGAAAAGGCAGGAAAAGUAGACUUGGACAGAAGAGACGGAGAGAUCAUACAUGCAGGGGAGGAGGUUUACAUUGUCAACAAGGAGCAUUACAUCAUUGGAACUGGUACCUUGCUCCCGGCACCCCACAAACGCAUUGAGCUGAAGAACACACCACUUUGACAAAGCUGGCAGACACUCAGAAUUUCUACUUGAGGGUAACAACAUUAACCUUAACUCUCUGCGGAAUUCAGGAAAGUUGUGAUCGCCACCAUUGUGUGGGUUGAGUUGUAGCACAUACAUGAUAUGCAAUACAGUAGUUCUUGUUUCUCGGAAAUGCUGGCAAACCCAUGGAAAUCUAGGAAUAAUCAUGGAGUCAUGUAAACUAUUGAGAUUGAACAGAAACACUGAUGUAUAUGAGAUCAUGGGAGUAUUGUUAGCAAUCCUAGAAAAGUUAUGAGAAAGUUAAAAAGCUAACUAAAAACCAUUUAAUACUGUCUUGUUAACUCUAGGAAGUCUGAAAUGUCAAAUCAUCAAAAUGCAAUUCUAUUGUAGCAUUAGUUUUUCCACUUUUAAAGAGAAGAAAAGUAUCGAAAGCCUUCCACUGUAACUUGCCAACUAACAAUCUGAAACUAUGGAUUAGCAGAUCAGCAAUUUUUCUUGCCAUUCCUAAAGUUGUUUCCUCCAACUCAAUUUACACAUCACAAUGAUCAGACUGAUUCUUGUUAUCAAAGAUCUGAAAAGGGUGAAAAGUUUAGCCUGGUUCACUGUCACACUCAGGUCAUUAAUUUAUUCAUUCAAAAAUACAUGUAAGACUAUUUAUUACUGAAAAUGGGUCUCUUGGGAGAUAUUCCCAUAAGAAUGUGCACAAACUUUACUGUCCCAUAAUUAAAUAUUCCCUAAUCUGAUCUGAACCAAACUUUGUAUGUUUUCA